AUGUACACCGCGUUUUAUAAGACGUUCAUGUCGAACUCGGCGGUGUACGUGUCGGUGAUCGUCGCAGGGGCGUUGGUCGGGGAGAAGGCGCUGAAUUACGGCUUCGAUAGGGCUUGGGAGCGGGCGAACAAGGGGAAGCUGUGGACGGACGUGCGUCGUCGGCUCGAGUUGGAGUAG